AUGUUGAUCAAACCUCAAGUCUACCGACAUCUUUUGUUCAACCGGCUUGGACGAUCAGACGAUAAAUUUGAUCCGAGCAUCUUAAGACUUGGAACUCUUCUUGUUCUCUUCGAUGUAUACAUCACGUGGGCGCGGAUCGAGAGAACCAGUCCAGUCAAGAGUGACAACGAAGCUGGCUCUCGACUCACUCAGAUGCCUAUCCUGACUCAAUAUCUCUUCUUCCUCACGAUGAAUAUAUUGGCCACGGUAGCUCAACAUGGCAUCAUUCGAACCUUAGCUCGUGCUUUUCUUUCGCCACCAGACAACGAGACGGACGAAAGCAGAUCGCCUGAGAACUCGGUAGAAGAUGGGCUCAGCCAAGCGACAGUCGUGCCUGGCCAUGCGAGCCCAAAUGCCAUCAGUACUGCUUUGCUUGUUUCGAGCUGUUCUAAACUAUUUCCCAUUUUGCUGGUGAUAUGGCCAACCGAAGCGAAUGAGGGCGAUCCCUUCGGAUUCGCAUUUCAGGCGUCGAACUACGUUGGAUGGGCAGUCCUCCUCAACAAUAUCGAGGCUCUAUUAAUUCUAUUGAAUUGUGGAUAUCGAAUUGCGACCGGGCUUGCGCUUGCUGGAGUCAUUGCCAGAUGGCUUGUGGAAAGCUGGAUUUUGAACUUGAUGGGACUGGGCAUUGACACGAGCCCCAUUGGUGAUGUGCUCGCGGCGCUUAGCUAUGCCAGAACUUGGUUGAGUCUAGAUCAAUGA